AUGACUAGGAAGUCUAACAAGGACAACCUAGUUGAACAUCCAGAGAUAGACAAUCUUGAGAAGUUACUUAGCAAGCAAAGAGCCAAAGAGAGGGCCGACGAAGCAGCUCGCGCUCACGCCGCCGAAGUAGCCCGCGCUAAUGAAGAAGGAAGAGAUCCACCUCCUCCUCCUCCUAAUCCACAAGAUCCUGCUGGGGAUGUGAAUGUGCAAUCUCAAGCAGACAUUCAAACAAUCGGAGACUAUGACUCUGCCGAUGCCUUCUUCACGGAUGGAAACCCUAUCCAUCCACCACUUCCUGCAAGGAAUGACUAUGAGAUCAAGCCUCAGAUCAUAGCAUUGGUUAGACAGAACCAAUUCAAUGGCCUUCCAGCCGAACAUCCUCUUGAUCACAUAGAAAACUUUGAAGAGAUUUGCACCACUACUAGCUCCCCUGAUUCUUUUCAAAUGACUGAACUCAAGAACAUGAUGGCUCAAGUUCUUAAGGGACAGCUCAAGCAUAUCAAUGCAAUAGAAGGGAUGAGUGAUGCUAAUGAAGACCCAUCAAGAGAAUGCAUGGGAGAUUUCUCUAAUGAAGCCAAUGAAGAAGAUGUGAACUACAUUGGAAACUAUGGGAACAAGGGAUACAAUCCAAGCUAUCGCCCAAACCCCAACAUGUCUUAUAGAAACCCCAAUGUGGAGAAUCCUCAAGACCAAGUGUAUCCUCCAAGGUAUCCACAACAACAAAGACCUCCUUACCAAUCUCAAGGAAGUCAAUUUCAGCCAAGGCAAGGAUAUGAGCAGAGAUCAUCAUAUCCGCCCAAGGAGCCAUAUGCUUCUUCACCAAAUCAAGCUCCUCCAAACCAACAAGGUGGGAGAUUUGAAGGAAUCCUCCAACAGAUCAUGGAUGGCCAGAAGAGAAACACUAAAGAGAUGUAUGAGAAGAUGGACACUUUGUUCAGCAAUCUCAACACCAAGUAUGAUGCUGUUGCCACUCAUGUGAAGAAACUAGAGACUCAAGUCACUCAAACUAUGGAAGCUGUUAAGAGACAGGAAGCUGAAUCCAAGAAGUCCUUUUGCAACUCAGCCGCCAUAGAAGAAAGAUUUGAAGACCAAGUUCCAGAAUGGAUGCUUUCAAAACCUACUGUUGAUUGCAUGAUUUGGCCUGAAGAGAUUACCCAGAGAGAGAGUCCAAUCGAGCUAGAAAGAGAAGACUCUUCCCAAAGAUUAUCCCCAAGACUGAUAACUCAGGAAAAUUGGAAAUUGCUCUAUCCCACCGAUUUCCAGAUUGUGGAAAUGAGAGAGAGUAGCCAUAGACCUCUCAUAUUUGGAACCCCUUUCCUGUCUACUGUGGGUGCCAUAUUUGAUUUCCCCAAUCAAAGAAUCUCUUUCAACAAGGUGAACAAGGGUAUGUUCUUCCCUAUGUGUUCAACAAAGAACUCUUUUGUUGACAUGGUCCAAGAGGAGAAAGUUACUUUGAAGCCACCCCAAGAAGGAGAAACUGAAGAACAUCAAGGAAGAUCCCAUUCCUAA